GCAGUAGAGCCGCGUACGGCCCGGGUCAGCGCCCGCCCGCCCGCGCUCCUCCCGGCCGCUCCUCCCGCCCCGCCCGGCCCGGCGCCGACUCUGCGGCCGCCCGACGAGCCCCUCGCGGCACUGCCCCGGCCCCGGCCCCGGCCCCGGCCCCCUCCCGCCGCACCGCCCCCGGCCCGGCCCUCCGCCCUCCGCACUCCCGCCUCCCUCCCUCCGCCCGCUCCCGCGCCCUCCUCCCUCCCGCCUCCCCAGCUGUCCCGUUCGCGUCAUGCCGAGCCUCCCGGCCCCGCCGGCCCCGCUGCUGCUCCUCGGGCUGCUGCUGCUCGGCUCCCGGCCGGCCCGCGGCGCCGGCCCCGAGCCCCCCGUGCUGCCCAUCCGUUCUGAGAAGGAGCCGCUGCCCGUUCGGGGAGCGGCAGGCUGCUCCUUCGGCGGGAAGGUCUAUGCCUUGGACGAGACGUGGCACCCGGACCUAGGGGAGCCCUUCGGGGUGAUGCGCUGCGUGCUGUGCGCCUGUGAGGCGCCUCAGUGGGGUCGCCGUACCAGGGACCCUGGCAGGGUCAGCUGCAAGAACAUCAAACCAGAGUGCCCAACCCCAGCCUGUGGGCAGCCGCGCCAGCUGCCGGGACACUGCUGCCAGACCUGCCCCCAGGAGCGCAGCAGUUCGGAGCGGCAGCCGAGCGGCCUGUCCUUCGAGUAUCCGCGGGACCCGGAGCAUCGCAGUUAUAGCGACCGCGGGGAGCCAGGCGCUGAGGAGCGGGCCCGUGGUGACGGCCACACGGACUUCGUGGCGCUGCUGACAGGGCCGAGGUCGCAGGCGGUGGCACGAGCCCGAGUCUCGCUGCUGCGCUCUAGCCUCCGCUUCUCUAUCUCCUACAGGCGGCUGGACCGCCCUACCAGGGUCCGCUUCUCAGACUCCAAUGGCAGUGUCCUGUUUGAGCACCCUGCAGCCCCCACCCAAGAUGGCCUGGUCUGUGGGGUGUGGCGGGCAGUGCCUCGGUUGUCUCUGCGGCUCCUUAGGGCAGAACAGCUGCAUGUGGCACUUGUGACACUCACUCACCCUUCAGGGGAGGUCUGGGGGCCUCUCAUCCGGCACCGGGCCCUGGCUGCAGAGACCUUCAGUGCCAUCCUGACUCUAGAAGGCCCCCCACAGCAGGGCGUAGGGGGCAUCACCCUGCUCACUCUCAGUGACACAGAGGACUCCUUGCAUUUUUUGCUGCUCUUCCGAGGGCUGCUGGAACCCAGGAGUGGGGGACUAACCCAGGUUCCCUUGAGGCUCCAGAUUCUACACCAGGGGCAGCUACUGCGAGAACUUCAGGCCAAUGUCUCAGCCCAGGAACCAGGCUUUGCUGAGGUGCUGCCCAACCUGACAGUCCAGGAGAUGGACUGGCUGGUGCUGGGGGAGCUGCAGAUGGCCCUGGAGUUGGCAGGCAGGCCAGGGCUGCGCAUCAGUGGACACAUUGCUGCCAGGAAGAGCUGCGAUGUCCUGCAAAGUGUCCUUUGUGGGGCUGAUGCCCUGAUCCCAGUCCAGACGGGUGCUGCCGGCUCAGCCAGCCUCACGCUGCUAGGAAAUGGCUCCCUGAUCUAUCAGGUGCAAGUGGUAGGGACAAGCAGUGAGGUGGUGGCCAUGACACUGGAGACCAAGCCUCAGCGGAGGGAUCAGCGCACUGUCCUGUGCCACAUGGCUGGACUCCAGCCAGGAGGACACACGGCCGUGGGUAUCUGCCCUGGGCUGGGUGCCCGAGGGGCUCAUAUGCUGCUGCAGAAUGAGCUCUUCCUGAACGUGGGCACCAAGGACUUCCCAGACGGAGAGCUUCGGGGGCACGUGGCUGCCCUGCCCUACUGUGGGCAUAGUGCCCGCCAUGACACGCUGCCCGUGCCCCUAGCAGGAGCCCUGGUGCUACCCCCUGUGAAGAGCCAAGCAGCAGGGCACGCCUGGCUUUCCUUGGAUACCCACUGUCACCUGCACUAUGAAGUGCUGCUGGCUGGGCUUGGUGGCUCAGAACAAGGCACUGUCACUGCCCACCUCCUUGGGCCUCCUGGAACGCCAGGGCCUCGGCGGCUGCUGAAGGGAUUCUAUGGCUCAGAGGCCCAGGGUGUGGUGAAGGACCUGGAGCCGGAGCUGCUGCGGCACCUGGCAAAAGGCAUGGCCUCCCUGCUGAUCACCACCAAGGGUAGCCCCAGAGGGGAGCUCCGAGGGCAGGUGCACAUAGCCAACCAAUGUGAGGUUGGCGGACUGCGCCUGGAGGCGGCCGGGGCCGAGGGGGUGCGGGCGCUGGGGGCUCCGGAUACAGCCGCUGCUGCACCGCCUGUGGUGCGUGGUCUCCCGGCCCUAGCGCCCGCCAAACCUGGUGGUCCUGGGCGGCCCCGAGACCCCAACACAUGCUUCUUCGAGGGGCAGCAGCGCCCCCACGGGGCUCGCUGGGCGCCCAACUACGACCCGCUCUGCUCACUCUGCACCUGCCAGAGACGAACGGUGAUCUGUGACCCGGUGGUGUGCCCACCGCCCAGCUGCCCACACCCGGUGCAGGCUCCCGACCAGUGCUGCCCUGUUUGCCCUGAGAAACAAGAUGUCAGAGACUUGCCAGGGCUGCCAAGGAGCCGGGACCCAGGAGAGGGCUGCUAUUUUGAUGGUGACCGGAGCUGGCGGGCAGCGGGUACGCGGUGGCACCCCGUUGUGCCCCCCUUUGGCUUAAUUAAGUGUGCUGUCUGCACCUGCAAGGGGGGCACUGGAGAGGUGCACUGUGAGAAGGUGCAGUGUCCCCGGCUGGCCUGUGCCCAGCCUGUGCGUGUCAACCCCACCGACUGCUGCAAACAGUGUCCAGUGGGGUCGGGGGCCCACCCCCAGCUGGGGGACCCCAUGCAGGCUGAUGGGCCCCGGGGCUGCCGUUUUGCUGGGCAGUGGUUCCCAGAGAGUCAGAGCUGGCACCCCUCAGUGCCCCCUUUUGGAGAGAUGAGCUGUAUCACCUGCCGAUGUGGGGCAGGGGUGCCUCACUGUGAGCGGGAUGACUGUUCACUGCCACUGUCCUGCGGCUCGGGGAAGGAGAGUCGAUGCUGUUCCCGCUGCACGGCCCACCGGCGGCCAGCCCCAGAGACCAGAACUGAUCCAGAGCUGGAGAAAGAAGCCGAAGGCUCUUAGGGAGCAGCCAGAGGGCCACAUGACCAAGAGGAUGGGGCCUGAGCUGGGGAAGGGGUGGCAUCGAGGACCUUCUUGCAUUCUCCUGUGGGAAGCCCAGUGCCUUUGCUCCUCUGUCCUGCCUCUACUCCCACCCCCACUACCUCUGGGAACCACAGCUCCACAAGGGGGAGAGGCAGCUGGGCCAGACCGAGGUCACAGCCACUCCAAGUCCUGCCCUGCCACCCUCGGCCUCUGUCCUGGAAGCCCCACCCCUUUCCUCCUGUACAUAAUGUCACUGGCUUGUUGGGAUUUUUAAUUUAUCUUCACUCAGCACCAAGGGCCCCCGACACUCCACUCCUGCUGCCCCUGAGCUGAGCAGAGUCAUUAUUGGAGAGUUUUGUAUUUAUUAAAACAUUUCUUUUUCAGUC